UCUCCCUCCACCAUUUCCCCAUCAAACCUUCUCCAACUGAGAUCCCCUCACGAUCGCCCAAAAUGGCAAACCGGGGCUACGACGUGGUCGUCGACGUCGACGCAGAGGGCGACCUCGGACACACCGAUCUCCAGGAGGACCUCGAAUUCCACCCUUCCAACUUCGAGAAUGACCAACGAUCCGCCAAAGCGCACCAGGACUCGGCACCGUUCCUAGGCGGAGGGGGCCCCUCGCGCGGUAACCGCAACAGGUCGCCGGGCGGCACACCCACCAAGGUCAGCUGGUGGUCGCUGCACUAUUAUUCGCAGUUCUUCGACGUGGACACGAACGAGGUGCUGCGACGAUGCGUUGCGACGCUGUACCCGCGCAGCAACUUCCUCGACGUGCUCGAGGGCAACGCGGACCUGUACGGGCCGUUCUGGAUCGCCACCACCGUCGUCGUCAUCCUGUUCCUGACGGGCACCAUCUCGCAGUGGCUGUCCAAUAACGACGGCCAGCAUUUCGAGUACGACUUCACCCUGCUGUCCGGCGCCGCGGGCCUCGUCUACGGCUACACGGGACUUAUCCCCAUCGCGCUGUGGGGCGCACUGCGCUGGUUCGGCAGCUCCACGGCUGACUUGAUCGAGUGCUGGGCUCUGUACGGAUACUCAAAUCUCGUGUGGAUCGGUGUCGCCCUGGUCAGCUGGAGUCCGUUGACGGCGUUGAACUGGGCGCUUGUUGGCGUGGGCUUCGGGUGGACCGUCUUCUUCCUCCUGCGGAACUUGUACCCCGUCCUGAGCGCCACGGAUGCCAAGGCUAGCAAGAUCCUGUUGGUGCUGGUCAUUGUGCUGCAUGCGGGUCUCGCCAUUGCUAUUAAGAUUCUGUUCUUCGCCCACGGGAGCCCCGUCUCCAAGAAGAACAAGGAUAAGGUCAAUGAAGGUGAACCUAAGGACGGCGAGAAGCCGCAGAGGAUGAUGAUGAUGUAGAGACGUGGAGGAAGGAAAGGAAAGGAACAUUAUGCAAUCUCUGUCUAGGCUUGCACCGUCCCUUCGUUCAAGGUUGAUAGACUGGUUGAGUUUUGCUCCGGUAGCGAUUUGGCCAGCUUUCGCCCUCUGUUUUUGCGUUCUCGUUCUCGAUCCCUCUGUCCUAUUCCCACUUUAUACUUUGUGCGGCAGAUUUAUCCGUUACGGUGUAUGUAUGUACCUCUACGAACUUGAUUUCGAUUUCUAGGAUGAUCGUAUUUUCCCUGAACAGCACCAAUUUG